AUGGGUGCGAAGAAGGACCCCCUAUCCAGCUCCAUGGCAGUCUUCCAAUCCGACACCAUGCCCUUCUCGCGAGCUGCACCGGCGGCAUUCUCAUCUUCUUCUGAAGAACCGAAGGCGCCGUCUACGUUCCUGUUCGUGGAUGUUGGAACUACGAAGAAUCGAGAAGAAAAACGCAAAAUACGCGCUCAGGUCAUGUUCGCGACACACGAGGCCCGACGGCGGCGCGCAAUCCAAGGCCGCAAAGAAGAUCAGAAAGAACCUGUUCGAGAAGCGAGUCCGUUACUAAAUGCGAGCCUGUUGGGGGAAGAUCCAUUCGACUCCUUACCCGUGAAGAACUUUCCUGGCAUGCAUGAGCUCCUUAAAUUCUUUCUCAAAGCAUAUCCCGGCUUACCACUUGUCGACGACCCCUUAAUCAAGCAACAGAACAUAUCGCCACAUAUCGUUGUGAGACGAAGCAAUACGCUAUGGGAUGUAAUGACGGCAGAAGAGACGUCGCUGCUAGUAAUGCUCGCCGAAACGGCACGCCUCUUGGAUACAAUCAGCCCUGAUCCGAAAACCAGAACGCGCCACUUCCAGCUGAAAGAGCGGGCUCUGAAAUCCAUCAGCAAGGUCCUGUCAUCAUGGAAAAUCUCCGACUCCUACGUCGCUGCAAUAGCAGGCAUGGGAGCCGCAGCGGUCAUGUUCGGCGACAAGAGCGCCGCAAUCGCCCACCUCAGCGCCGUCCGCGAACUCAUCCGCAUGCGCGGCGGCAUCGACACGUUCGCGCGCGUGCCCCGACGCAUCAUCAUCUGGUGCGAGUACCACGGCUGCGCUGCCCACUCACUCCUUCCGACCCUUCAGCCCGUCACACCGACCUAUACGGGAACGGACGACGACGACGACGCGCAUUCUCCUUUUCCCCGCGGGUUCCGGGCGCUCGUCAGCGCCACGCAUGCCCGCACGCUCUCGCACCUCCCCGCGCACUGGCAGAGCGCUGCUUUUCCCCUCAACCGCAUCUACCACGCCCUCCAUCUCGUCGGCAUCAUCGCAUCGCCGCCGUGGGAGCCGGCUCUGCUGGCGUCGUCGACGGCCGGCAGGGACGCCGUGGCUGCUGUGCUGGACGAUGCUGUGUUUAGGUUGCUUGUUGAGAUGGCGAAGCUGAGCGCCUCGUCCUCCUCCUCCUCUGAUCCUUCAUCGGAAUCUUCGUCCCAUCUCUCUCCUCCAUCCACCUCCACCUCCGCCCACGUACCUGCGUCCUCCUCCUCCUCCUCCGCAUCUCUUCCCCCCUCCAAUACCAACGACCCCGCCACCCACCACGACGACACCAGCAGCGGCAACGAACCUCCCAUCUCCCAAAGCGCCCCCUCCCCGCACCACGCCACCGCCGACCACGACCACCCCUACCACCACCACCCCACCGACCUCGUCAUGCUCCACGCCGCCCACGCCUACCUCUGGACCUCGAACAGCUACCUCCCCGCCAACACGCCCAUGAACUACACCCUCCUGACACAGCUCCAAGCCGCAUUAAUCCUCCUCGAACAAACCACGGCCACCACCGCCGCCCCGUCCUCAUCCCCGCCAUCCCAACCACCACCAAUAGCAAUCUGGGCCCUCGCCGUCGGCUGGACCCUCGCCAAGAAAAUCUGCUCCCUCAAACCGCAAGCAGAGCACGGCGGCGGCAACGUGCUGCUCAAGUGGUUCGCGGACCGGCUGAUCGACGCGUUCCAGCAGCGGUGGAUGAUGGCUGGCGGCGGGGGUGGUGCUGCUUCUGCUGCUGCCGGUGGUUCGUCGGCGGUGGCGGCGACGGCGUAUGCGGUGAGCGUGAUGGCGGAUUUCCCCGGGUCGGAAGAGUUCAGUCGGGGGUGGAAGUGUUUUCUGUUUCAUCAUUGUUGCGAUAAGAGGGGGUUCGCGGCGAAGAGUAGUACGGGUGCGGAUUGCGUCGAGUGGAGGGGGAGCGGGUUGGUGCAUGCGGGGAGCUGUCCGUUGAGUAGGCAUCAUGCGACGGGUGGAGUGGCACCGCUGUAG